AUGGAUGAAUCAGCUUUACUGGAUCUGUUGGAGUGUCCUGUUUGCUUAGAACGCCUUGAUGCUUCUGCAAAAGUCUUGCCUUGUCAACACACAUUUUGUAAACGCUGUCUCCUGGGCAUUGUGAGCUCUCGAAAUGAACUUCGAUGCCCAGAGUGCAGGACUCUAGUGGACUGCGGCGUUGAUGAACUUCCCAGUAACAUUUUGCUUGUUAGACUACUGGACGGCAUCAAACAGAGGCCUCGAAAACCCAGUGCUGGUGGUGGGACUGGUAGCACAAGUGCUUUAAGGGUCCCCAUCAAUACUGUAGCUAACUGCGGAUCAAAGGACCUGCAGAGCUCUCAAGUUGGACAGCAGCAAAGGGUGCAAGCGCGGAGCCCUCCUGUUAGGGGUGUACCUCAGUUACCAUGUGCCAAAGCAUUGUAUAACUACGAGGGAAAAGAACCUGGAGAUCUUAAAUUCAGUAAAGGAGACAUCAUCAUUUUGCGUCGACAGGUGGAUGAAAAUUGGUAUCAUGGAGAAGUCAAUGGCAUCCAUGGCUUUUUUCCUACCAAUUUUGUUCAGAUUAUUAAACCUUUACCUCAACCGCCACCACAGUGCAAAGCACUUUAUGACUUUGAAGUAAAAGACAAGGAAGCAGAUAAAGACUGUUUACCAUUUGCAAAGGAUGAUGUUCUGACUGUAAUUCGCCGCGUGGAUGAAAACUGGGCAGAAGGAAUGCUGGCUGACAAGAUAGGAAUAUUUCCAAUUUCAUAUGUUGAGUUUAACACAGCAGCCAAACAGCUGAUAGAAUUGGAUAAGCCCUCAGGUUCUCCUGGUGACUCUGGAGAAGGUACUUCUGGGGCAGCCCACAACAAUUCAACCCAAAAGCACACCGAUACUAAGAAGAACACCAAAAAACGGCACUCUUUUACCUCCCUCACUAUGUCCAACAAGUCUUCACAAUCUUCUCAGAAUCGCCACUCAAUGGAAAUUAGUCCUCCUGUCCUCAUCAGCUCCAGCAACCCAACUGCAGCAGCCCGCAUAAGUGAGCUGACAGGACUUUCCUGUAGUGCCCCCUCUCAGGUUCAUAUCGGUACUACAGGGCUAAUUGUGACUCCACCCCCUAGCAGCCCAGUCACAACAGGGCCUUCAUUUACCUUCCCAUCCGAAGUUACCUACCAAGCUGCUCUUGGUACAGAUGACCUUAUUAUUGACAAUUAUACAGACAGUGUGCUUUUGCCUUGCCUUGCCUUACUGAGUAAUGCAGAUUGUGCUAUAGCAAUGCUUUGUCCUUUUAUUGUUAGCGACGCCUUCAAUCUGCAGAUCAUCUGUGCAAUCCUACUG